UUUUUAAAUUCUUACACAUUAUCAAAUCAAUCUCGAAAGCUAUUAUUGCUUUUAUUUAUUUCAGUCAAGAAAAGUAUCGGAUUGCGUCCCAAGAGCGUGCAAAUAAAAUCAGGUCACGGCUUCCGGGACACCUUAUGUAUUAGGAGGAGCUCCAAGAAAUCCGUUCUUUUUUAAUUCAUAGAACGCUGCGAGAGACAUUUAUAACAGGCGUCAGCAAAAUUCGCGAGUGUUGGUGGCAUUGUCGAAGAGUCGCCGAUACACACACACACACAUAUACAUGAAGAGAGACAGGCGCAAUACAAACGAGGAUGCCACGAGCGCGCUCCUGUGGACCACAGGGUAUCAUAGGGGUGAAAUUUAAAGGGAGGGGCUGCUCGCGAAAAUGGCCGUUACGCACGGGGUAGAUUGUCCGGGGGUGGGCAAGUAACGGGGGGGUGGUAGCUCUUCGCUCAUCCUUCGUGUCCUCCGCGAACCGACGACCAAUUGACCGACUGCCUCGCGACGAUCGACACGAUUUUAUACCCCGGUUUACGAUCGACAACAGCUAUUAUGCGGCGACGGCCAAAAAGCGAUCCCUGUUCGGCUCUUCUUAAACCCCCACCGGACGCGCGACCUUCCAACUCUUCCGUCAAGAGAUUAGGCCCGCUCUUCGGAAAUGCACGUCAAAAAAGCUAAAAAAUAGAAAAAAAAGAGGAAGGGGAGAAUAAACAAGGAAAACCGAGGAAGAUGCUUGGCUCCUAUUCGGGAGUGGUGAUCCUCCUUUUGUUAGGGGCUUCUGUGUCAGUGUCUAGCACUGCGGAUGCUGCGAAAUCUCUGAGAGCGGCGAAGGCUAGGCUUAGAUCGUCUUACGCAUCUUGGCGGAUAGUGGUAUGUUUAACACAGCCUCAGACCCCUUUCAAGACAGACGUACAGAGAGCAUGGGAGGAAGCGAGAUUGGAAUCUUUUCACGCGGAUAUGGAUGUGUCGUAUAUAGAAGCAAGGAUGGCACCCAUGACGGAUUCCCUGUCGUAUCCCUUGUCACUGUUAAACAAAUUUUGUACAGACAUCGAAGGCGGAAAGACAGUAUUAAGCCUUAUUAUAGGAGGAGGAUCGGCAGCCAGAUUUCUCGUCACGGCUGCUGCCGCCUUGAAUCUUCCAGCUCUAUGGUUGCCGUUCACACACCGAGAUUUUCUUCGCCAGGGAAAUCUUGGCCGGUUUGAGAACCGCAUAGGUUCGAGCCCGAAAGAGAUCGGAGCAGCGGCUGCCGCCUUGAUGCAUCGAGCUAAUUGGCACGCGUUCACUCUCCUUAUCGACACCACUCUGUUGCCCGUAACCCAUCUACUACAGAUGAACCAGCCGACGAGGCUGACGCCUCGCGCAAUCAUACAUCUGCCGACCAAUGACAGAACUCUGAGAUUGCGAUUGAGACGGGUGGCCGAGGAGGGUGGCAGCGGCGGAAUCGUGGUGAUGGCGUGCGAUCUGAACAAUGCCCGCAAGAUCCUCGGGGCAGCCAGCAAAUUCGAGAUGCUCUCGGGUAGAUUCUUGUGGCUGUGGUUGGAUCUCAAGGCAGAGCUACGUCCGAACGAGCCCAAUAUCAUCAGCUCGGUGAUUCACGGCACGCGCGUCGCCGCUGCCGCCGCAGCCGCGACGAACGAGAACUUGCCGCUGGAGCGAGCGAUAAAUCACGACGAGCGGCCUCUGCCGCUGAUGAGUUCGUUGCCGAGUUUAACUAACGACAUACACCGGCUGCAGGAGUACAGAUGGCGGGAUGAGAGGACAGUGACCAAGCGAGAGGACAGAAGCUUCAAUUUCGAUGAGGAGGAAGACGGGAGGAUCGCAAGCGACAGGGAACUCAAUUCCAAGAACUUUAUGCCAGUCGGUAUGCUCGCACUCAGACCAUCUGGCAUCAAGAUCAUGGGCAGCGAUACUAUACUCUCCAGAAUGCUAAGGGAGACCUCGCAGGCGUUGGACGAGACCUUUCAGGAAGCGAAGCAACGAUUGGAACGUAUGCACGAGCCGCAGCUCAGGGAACACUUUGUCCCAGAAUGCUUUCCGGAUCGUAACGCCAGAUUCAUGACGAGCGAUGCGAGAGAGAACGUUUCCGCAAUUCUGACUAGCAAAUUGAGGAGAUCCAUGAGACAGAUCUCUAGAGACAAGGCAGAGUUUCAGUUGCUGAACUUGCAAGCCGUCAGGUUUCCCGGGAAUAAGACUCAAUUAAGGUGGACCAAAGUUGGCACCAUCAAGGGUGGUAGAGAGGUCCGUUUGGAUACCAUAAUCUGGCCAGGUGGCGGUAUUGUGCCAGCGUACCUCGAGCAAGGUGGCGAGAAGAUAGGGAUGCCGAUUUAUCGCAUUGUCACUGCUCUAGCGUCGCCCUUCACGAUGAUCACGGAUCUGCAGGAAGGUUUCUGCUUACGCGGUCUUAUUUGCCAGCAGGGUGAUGUCGUCAUGUGCUGCUACGGGCUGAGCAUGGAUUUGCUGACGGUGGUUGCGCGCGAGUUAGGCUUCCGUUUUGAUCUUUACCUGGCGGAGGAUGGACUGUUUGGCAAACGGAACGGCCGAAGCGGCACGUGGAACGGUGUGAUGGGCGAACUGGUGUCUGGCCGGGCUCAGAUGGCGUUCGCACCCUUAAGCGUAUCCGCUCAUCGUGCCGCAGUGGUGGACUUCACCACGCCAUACUACUUCAGCGGCGUGAGUUUUCUCACGGCGCCGAAACUCCGUUCUGAGAUACCGCUGUUCGCGUUCCUGUUUCCAUUUAGCACUGAGCUGUGGAUAGCCGUGUUCACAUCUCUCAACUUCACCGCAAUCGCCGUGGCGCUCUACGAAUGGUUCAGCCCGUUCGGCCUGAAUCCCUGGGGCAGGCAGCGCAGUAAGAACUUUUCCAUCGCCUCCGCGCUGUGGGUGAUGUGGGGUCUCCUGUGCGGUCAUCUCGUGGCCUUUAAAGCACCGAAAUCCUGGCCUAACAAGUUCCUCAUCAAUAUUUGGGGUGGCUUCUCUGUUAUCUUCGUGGCGUCGUACACGGCCAACAUUGCCGCCCUUAUCGCCGGUCUGUUUUUUCAUUCUGCAGUGAGCAAUUAUCACGAUAAAAGUCUGUUAUCCCAGAGAGUUGCUGCGCCAAGAGCGUCUGCGGCCGAGUAUUAUGUGCAAAGAGCGAAUCCGCAAUUAUGGUCUCACAUGUCUCGAUUUUCUUUGUCGGAUGUCGCCGAGGGGGUGGAAAGAUUAAGGAACGGCACUCUGGACAUCCUAAUCGCGGACACGCCAAUCUUGGAUUAUUACCGCGCGACCGACGAUGGUUGUCGGUUGCAAAAGAUUGGCGACACCAUCAAUGAAGACACUUACGCAAUCGCCCUCACGAAAGGACAUCCCUUAAAGGAGAGCAUAUCUAAAGUCAUAGCGAAUUACACGAGCAACGGGUUGCUCGACAUUCUGCAGGAGAAAUGGUACGGCGGUCUUCCAUGUCUCGGAGGUCGACAAGGUAUGAAUACGGGGCUAGAUGCUGAGUCUGGUGGUCAACCCAGGCCAUUGGGAGUAGCGUCCGUUGCCGGGGUGUUUUGUCUGCUCGGGAUGGGCGUAGUGCUCGGUACCAUCAUAUUAGCGGGAGAGCAUUUGUUCUACAAGUACACGUUACCGCGACUACGGCACAGACCGGAAGAUUCCAUCUGGCGCAGCCGUAACGUUAUGUUCUUCUCGCAGAAGCUGUAUAGGUUCAUCAAUUGCGUGGAAUUGGUCUCACCGCAUCACGCCGCGCGGGAAUUAGUGCACACAGUGCGACAGGGCCAAAUCGCGUCGCUCUUCCAGAAAAGCGUUAAACGGAAGGAACAUGAACAACGUCGCAGACGUAAAAGCAAAGCGCAAUUUUUCGAAAUGAUCCAAGAAAUCCGAAGAGUUCAACAAGAGGAAAAAAUCGAGACGGUACCAGAGGAACCUACAGAGACUGCGAAAAAGGAUGAGAAAUUGGGGAAAGGUAGAGAGAGAAGUCGUAGCAAGAGUCCCUUAAUGCCUCGUAGUCCGAAACGCUCGGAGAAGAGCAGGAGUUCGACCAACCUUUCGGCGUCCCGUCUCGGACUAUCGCCGGUGAGUCUUGACGCGCCGAUGAAGCCGCGCGAAUUUACGCUCAGCAGCACCAAUCUGCGCGCGAGGAGCCCGCUGGAGACGGUUGGACGUAGAUUGAGCCACGGCGACGGCGGUUCGCCGCCGCCGCGUCUCGGAUCGCAUCUCGGUGGCAGCGCCACGUUACGCCCGUUGGUGCCUACCAGGAGCGACUCAACCGGCGGCGGCGGCACCCCGACUAUCAGACGCGACUCGGUCGCAGGGGGAGGCGGUGGUGCGCCGACCCCGAGAUACUCUCGCAGCCCCGCCAAGCGGGGUCAAUCCUUUCCGGUAUUUGCUACACUGAGACCGCCUCACUCGGCCGGCUAUCAGACAUCCAAGAGUCCGCUGUUGUCGCCCAAUAACGAGCUCACUUCCGCCAUCGGGAGAAAACUAUCGCGUGAAUGGGGAUCUGGGACUAUCAGUCUUACCAGGUCGUCAGAGGCUAUAGGCGGUGGUAAUAGCGGUGGCGGUGGCAGUGGCGGUGGUAAUAGCGGUGGCGGUGGCAGUGGUAGAAGCGGUGGCUCAACCCACACUCUGAAUCAAGAAAUGACGCUCUCCUUGAGUCGUUCCGCAGACGAAGAGAAGGCCCAGGGAGAAGCGUUGCCUAUCAAGAAGCCCAUACGGCGUGCCAGGAGCCACGAGAAUCGUGACAGCGGUAAACUAAUGGUGGACCUGCCGUCGCCUAGAUUGACUCAACCGGUGGUGGGCGGCCGGUCAGUGAGCGAGCGAACGAAGAAGCAGCUUGAGUCCGAGUUGAAAGCGAUUCUAAGUGCCAGGGCUCAUCACCGCGACCUGCAUCCCCCUUGAUAGGAGACCGCCCCUAAUUAAAAAAAGAGUUCUCGAAAGAACGUUCGGCUUUUGGAUCGCUGAGCCUCUGAGGGGCUUUGAUUUAAGCAAUAUCAGAUUUAUAGGUCAAUUUGUAGAGGAAAUCCGACACAGUUUCAAAGAAAUUAAGAACUUAAAUCAGAAUUAUGGCGGAGAGCGCGGGAGAAAUUUCUGCGUAGAAGGGAUAGAAAGGGUGACAGGGAGGGGAGAAGAAAGGAAAUCUCUGAUUGUUCAUACGUUGUUACGUACAUUAAUAAUAUAGGAUAAUAUCGAUAAACAAAAGUGCUAUAAACUUUAGUAGUGAUGUCUUAAAUAGUUAGCGCGGAAAUACACACGAGUACUAAGAUAUUUUCUUGUUGGCAUUUUAACUCUACAUUAACCGGCAGCCUGGGUGAGUCUCUCUCUCUCUCGAUUGCUAUAAUACCAGCAUAUUGUACGCUACAGCGUUUCUCAACUCUGAUUUUUUGGCGAUUCUUAGUGCAUAAAGUUCUAUCUUGCAAAUUAAAUCGAUUCUUAAGACAUUUACUAGAUCGGAGACCUGUUCAAGUUUAUCAAACGAGCUUCGUCAUCCGCCUUUGUUCUCAACAAUAUAGAUAACAAUCAAUUGACCGCACGGAUACAACGAACAUACGUGAUGAUUUCUAAAUAGAAUCUUAGUAUCUUUGUUUUCUCAUUUUUUCCUAUUCCGUCUAAUAAAACGGAAAUGUUUUGCUCGCAAACAGAAACUCGGACAGGCCUGUAUGUACUAUCCCUUUUAAGAGUGUAAAUAUUUCGAGAGACAGACUAUAUUGUUCCUUCAUCUCGUUAUAACGCGAAUACUGUAAAUAUAACAAAAUAUAAUGUAUAGGUAUUUCGCAUGAACAGGAUACGUAAAAUAAUUAUCUCGUGUUGAGAAACGCUGCUUUAACGAACUUCGUCGAAUUGGACUGCAUACUGCCAUAUUUAAUAAUUUCUGUGACUGCGGAAGGAGAGACUCGCUCGAUGGACUUUCGGCGUAGAAUGACCACUAAUUGCGAGAUAAUAUGCAUUAAUCUUACAAUUAUCAUCGCGCCUGUCGAGGGAAAGGAUUACAAAGUAAAUGGAAUUCUAAUCCGAGUCUAAUGUAUUCGUAACACACAGGUUAUUCAAUACGGGAAAGGAAGUGUCAUUAAGAGAUCCUUUUAAUUUAAAAUAAGAGAAAAAUUUCGUAGCCACAUGUGUGUGAUUGCGGAUUCUUCGCGUGACUUACGAUUAUUUCCUAAAGCAGUGCCAAAGAUCAAUAUAACUCAAAUCUCUCCAUCCUUUGCUUUAUCUUACACGAAAGUGUAUAAUAAUAGAACACGAUUUUUAGCAAAAUAAACGCCAGAGACAAAAAAACCGCAGUAUAUUAUACUGAUAAUCUCUAAUAAUCGUUUGUUUUGCUUUUGGUAAACGUCCGGGUUGAUGAAUUACCGAUUUCCGACGAGAUUUUACUAGACUGAUAGAUGAAAAUUCAAUUCAGGAAUUGUAAAUGAAACAUUAUUGGAAUUGAAUAAUUGUUACUCAUCGAUGUGCAUGUCCCACGUUUUUGUCUAUCGAAUCACUUUGAUGAAAGAGGGCGAACUCACAAGUCUAUAGUCUCGUUAUUAUUAUUAUUCGACUUAGAUGGUAGUGUGGAUGUGUAUGGGACUAAAUUUUAAUUAAUUACAUUUAAAAAAGGAGGAUUUAUGAGCGAGGCCUUAGAGGAGUUAGUCGUAUCCGCCCAAAAAUAUACUUUACUUAACUAGUACUGUACUAAUACUGUAUUCGAAUAUUUCACUACAUUAUAUUGCAUAAUAGAAUGUAUAUACAGGGUGUCCCAGAAUUAGAUCGACAAAUAUCAAAUGGUUAUAAAGGACACCAAAACAAGCCAAUUUUGCCGAUAAACCCGUCCGCAAAUGAGCCGUUUUAGCACUAGAAAAUCAAAGACUAACAAGGGAACUUUGUGAACCCAAAAAUUCUGAUUUUGAUGAAAUUUUACACACAUGUAGAGGGGGUAAAUAGAUGAAUUUAGAAAUUUCUAGUUGCAGCCCAAAAAUGAUUCUAAGGGGUGAAAUCACCCCUCGUAUGUAGAGCGGUUUUUUGCUCUUCUCGAUAUAUCUCGAAAAUUAUUCGAGAUAUCAAAAAAUGUUUUAUACAAAAGUUUUAUGGUAAAAACACCUCUAUUUAAGCAGAUUUAAAAAAUUUUGAAAAAUUAAUUUUUUUUUGAGAUUUUUGCCUUUGUUAGUCUUCGAUUCUCUAGUGCUAAAACGGC